GUAAUUUUUUAACACAAAAUUUAAAUUAUUUGUACAAGUAAAUGUAUAACUUCUUUAGAAGAUUUUACAUUGUAUCAUGACUUCAGUUUUUGACGAAAGACAGGAAUUCUUGAAAAGUCCUUAUCUUUUAAAACGCGAGUACGGUAACUUCUCCCCAUUCUACAUUACAGUUGCAAUUUGCAGUGUAGUCCUUGCAAUAAUAUUUGUCAUUAAUAUCGUACUUGGUUGCUGUACCAGAUAUUCAGAGUAUUGGAACGACAGAUUUACAGGUAAUCGUUGGAUAAUAUCACUUUGGACAGCAACCCCUCAUAACCAACCAUCUCUUGACUAUACGGAAUUAGAAUUGGUAGAUAUACCAAGUGUAGCUCCAACAGUAUAUCAACCAGCACCACAAGAACAACAAACUACUGUUCAACACUCAGAAUAUUUAGAACUUCAGCAUAAAAGAGAGAGUGCAAUUUAAUUAAUAUUCAAAAUGUUUCAUGUAUACUGGCCCGCAAAUGCAGCUCUAACACUCUUUUU